AGUGACUGUGCAUGUGUGUGAUGUGUCUCUUUGUUUGUGGUUUCUUUAUUAAUAUGUUUUCCUUUUCUGUUUUCCCGAUUGGGGUUGGGGUGUUAGGGAGUGAUCGAUUUCUCGUUUGACUAUUGGCCUUUGUUAGUGGAUGUGCCAUCGAUUGCUCCCUCUGUUCAAUUUUCUCUUUGAGCGGCUAUCGUUUGCUUUCUCUUUCUCUCCCUCUCUCUCUCGUUGCUGUUGUUGGCAUUGUGGGCAUGUGCUGGGAUCUGAUUUGGGUGAAUUUAAGGUGGUUGGGGAUGGAUGCCCACCCUGUUGAAAAGGAGGUGGACCCAUAUGAUGCUAGUUACCAUUGGGCCUGUUUGUUUUGGCUCUAUUGUAAUUUGGUUUUUAUACCAUGCUUGAUAUUUCUACUCUAUUGUAUCAUGCGUUUUCUGUUUCCUCCUCUUAUAUGGCUGUGUCAAACUGAGUGAUAAUAAGCACUUUUAGCUGAUGAAUUAUGUUCACUAUACCAUGGGUUUUGAUUUUUCUUUUUCUUUAUCCGUCGAUUGGUAAUUUUGUACGAUUGCUUGUAUCCCUGUGUAGUCAACCCCCUCAUAUUCAUGAACAAAUUUGAUUGCAUGAAUUGCAAUUUCGCAUUACAUGUUAGUUAACAGAAAAAAAAAAUACUGUAUUAAAUGACUACAAAUGAUGGGUUAUUGGCAUUCACAAGAAGUAGCAAAACUCCAAAUAUAGUGAGUGGUAUUGCUCCCACAAACGUGUGCAGAGGAAUAGAGGCAAGAGGGUUUAUUUUUGGACCUCCUAUUGCAUUGGCAAUUGGAGCAAAGUUUGUUCCAUUGAGAAAACCAAAGAAAUUACCUGGUGAAGUUAUUAGGGAACAGUAUGUUCUGGAAUAUGGAAGUGACUGUCUUGAGAUGCAUGUUGGAGCAGUCAAAACGGGGGAACGUGCUUUGGUGGUCGAUGAUUUGAUUGCCACUGGUGGCACUCUGUGUGCUGCUAUGAAUUUACUGGAACGAGCUGGAGCGGAAGUGGUAGAGUGUGCAUGUGUAAUUGAAUUACCAGAUUUAAAGGGUCGCGAGCGAUUAAAUGGCAAGCCCUUGUAUGUACUUGUGGAAUCCCACUAAUGAUUGCAGAAAUGAUUCUCCUCCUGCCAUGGUUUAGCAAAAGACCAAGUGUACAUUAGAGGGAUUGCUGGUUACUUCUCAUCUGGAAUCUCUGCUAUUGGUUCAGCUCCACUGUUUCCAUGACUAGUGAAUUUUGAGAAACAAUGGAGGUUGAGACCCUUAUUUUACUUAGUAGUGUAGAAAACAUUGAUUUUAUGCCUCAAGCUGGGUUUGGAAAAAAAGAGGAGGAAAAGGCUUGUAGGGAAUCAAAUCUCUCAUCAUUUUUUUUUUUUUUUUCCUUUCUGGAAAAUGAAUUUAUAUUUACCCUCCUUCUGUUUGUCUUUGGGGUCGAGGUUUUUGAAAUUCCUUACA